AUGAAACCUUAGGGCUUCGUUGAGGUCCCGCUGGAAUCCAGAGUGGGCGAGCGAGCUCCUCGGAAGAUUAUCCAAUUUGCGUCGGGAUUCCGCUUCUCUGUUGAGUUCCUCGUGAUUGCGUACGCAGUGUCUCGAUGAUUUCCCUGAUGCUGCGAUCGAUUGGGUUGAGGCAUCGUAUCAAGGAUAUGGCGAAAUCGUCGAAAGUUGUGGUGCUAUAGAUGGUUAGACGGAGGAUUCAGAAAUUGUUUUAAUAGAGGUAUGAUCGAGGCAGUAGGGCUUGCUCGAGUUUGGAAAUUAGGGUUACAGGGCCGUCUUGUGAAGGUUUGCGCUUAGUGAAAGCUUCGAGGAUUGAAGGUAUUGCUGACGUUCUCUGGAUGCUUUCGAGAUGACCCACGAGCGAGUUUUAGAGGUUCGCACGUGAGGAAUUUUCGGGUGUUAAGUUGAUUUGUGUUUCACUUGCCGAUGCGAUUUUUUUGGGUUUAUCUGGAGGCAGUGACCUGAAGGGCUGCGCCAUGGAGUGGAGUUCGGGCGAUAGUGGAAGUGAUUACUUUGAUUGUGUGACGGAUAGGAGUAGCGGAAGUUCGUCAGAAGAAACAGAGUAUCAAUUGAGGCCGAAUGUUGUGAUGGAAGAGAUCUUAUCAGGUGCAUCAACGAGGGAUCCGAAUGGAAAAGCUGUAAAGAACGAGACGCAAAGAACUCAGACUAUCAGAAAAUUCCGGCGGAUUGACACUAACAGGAAAAAAACAGACAUUACAGACAAACACGAAACACCUGCUAGAGGUUCUACUUCGGAAUUGGAACGUAAUCAGGAACAGCAGAGAGGAGAUGUAGUUGAAAUACAUGGUUAUGAACUUCGAGCUCCGCCGAACUCUCAUGCGCUAAAUCGCCUCAGCCUAGAUGCUGUGGUCCAGCCGAAAGAGUCCGAGAAAUCUCAACUGAUGAGGUCAAAGGUACCCUUUGUGGACGAGGUACUGAAGAUACUAUUCGGGCCAGCUGAUGCGAAGACUCCCGAUGAGGAGAAAUAUGAACUAGUAGAAGAAGAAGAGGUAAACCAUGGAGUGAGACGAACAGGGAUUCUCUUUCGGUUCUCAAUGUGGGCGACAAUAGGGUUUGUCGGAUGGGUUCUUGGUGGACGUCGAGCUCAAAUUGGUUGCUCUGAGUUUUUUCCCAAUGUUCAUGAGAGGGACCCGGUUCCUAAAGUCAUUGUUAGGAGGCAAAGAUAGCUUCUGUAUAAUUAUUUGACGAUUUGCACCCAACCGCCUCUAGCUAUUGAACUUCACAAAUAUACCUCUAAUAUUGACCAUCUCUGCGUAGCAGUACAAUUUUUGUAAGGGAGAGUUAAAUGUUUCGGCAUCUCAUAGGAACUGUUCAAGCUGGAAGCUGAAUUGGGGUAGGCUGUGCUCCAGGUGCAACUCUAUCAAACAUAGAGUAAGCAGUGAACGUCAUUAUCAAUGAGGUCGUCUGAACCCAUGUACCAUCACUUUUGAGAACAAGGAUGUUCAAGCAUCAGAUGAUGUUUUGGUGCGUUUUGUUUUGAA